AUGGGUAUCCCUGGACCGAGAUCAGCCAUUCUCGCCAAUGCAGAUCACGAUCAACCAGCCUCUCAACCCCCCCUGCUAACCCGUGUUCCUCUCGUCAGUCUCUUCAAAGAGAUCGGCAAAGGCGAACGUAUUGCUCUCUCGCGCUUGUGCAUCACACAUCUGGAAAAACACAACCGGCCGCUACGCAUUGCCAUUGACGCCGCGAUCUGGAGUUUCCAAACACAACACGGCGGCGUGGGCGGCAAGAAUCCCGCUCUCCGCACGUUAUUCUAUCGGCUUUUGAAGUUGCUGGCUUUGCCUAUUGACCCUGUCUUUGUGUACGAUGGGAACAAGAAGCCGCUUUGUAAGCGGGGAAGGAUUGUAUCCCGCUGGCAGGGCGGCCAUGUCUCAGAGCGAGCCUCUAAGAGGUUGAUCUCCCUGCUUAGCUUUCCUUGCCAUGUCGCGCCGGGAGAGGCCGAGGCGGAAUGCGCAAUGCUUCAGAAGCACGGGAUAGUGGAUGCGGUGAUGACGCAAGAUGUCGACGCCAUCAUGUUCGGGUCUGGACUGACGUUGCGAGACUGGUCGAAGGAGGGCAAAACGAAAGGCAAUCAAACGCCCACGCACGUCAGUGUCUUCGAAUUGGAAAGGCUAAAAGAGGUCAGCAGAGGGUUGGACCCAGAUGGGAUGAUUCUGGUCGCGCUCUUGAGCGGUGGUGACUACGAUGAGGAAGGAGUCGCGGGGAUCGGUGUCUCCCUGGCGUGCGACAUCGCAAGGGCAGGAUUCGGGUCCGACAUAUUGGAACUGGUGAGGAAUAGGGACGAAGAUGGUAUUGCAGAGUGGAGAGAACGACUGCAGUACGAACUGGAAUCAAAUGAAAGCGGGUACUUCAACAAGAAGCGGAAAUCGGUCAAAAUCCCAGAGGAUUUUCCCAACCGGCGUGUUCUGGACUAUUACAUGAACCCGGCAAUAACAGAAGAGCGCGAGCUGAAGAACUUGGAGAAGAAGUGGGAAAGGGCGUGGGAGGCAGAGAUUGAGGUGCAAGCUCUCCGCGACUAUGCCAGGGACACUCUUGACUGGCAGUACAAACCGGGUGCAUGGAAGUUUGUCCGCGUCAUGGCACCAGCUCUGCUUGCCAACCGAAUGCGAAGGGGCGCUGCAGCAUCGAUAGUCACGUCAGUCGACCAGAUCACGGAGCGGAGGCAACACUUUGUUAGCGAUGGUAUUCCAGAGCUGAGGGUGACAGUGAUUCCUGCCGAGGUCGUUGGUUUGGAUCUUGACACAGAAGAAGACAGCCCAGAGUAUCUCAGCAGGCUUGCCGCCGAGAGGGACGACGAAGCUGCGAGAGAAGAAACGGAAUCAAGAGAAACCGGAUCUCCACCAUCGAGUCAGAUUCCCGCGGAGAAGCGGAGGACACCACCUUGGCUACCUUGGAAUCCUGAGAAGAUAUGGCUGGCCGAGGCGAUUGUGGAUGUUGGAGCGCGCGAGCACGUUGAACGAUGGAACCAAAUUCAGUGGGAGAUCCAGAAUGACCCCAAGAAAUUUGCCACUCGAAAAUGUUCAAAGAAGAAGGAAGGGCCACAGAAACCGAAGAAGGCGGGAGGAAUGAAGGUUGGAGCAAUCCACAGCUAUAUUACCGCCACCAAGCCGACCAGUAAACCUAGUGAUCCAGGCCAGCCGGCUUCCGCCCCAGAAGCGAAGACGAUCGCCGGGCCCCUCGCAGUAGUUGAUGCGUCUCUGCUGCCCUCACCUCCUCAGGCCAAGUCGACAACCACCGAUCUGUUUGCAGUCGAGGAGAUAUCUCUUUCUCCUUCGCCGCCAGCUCCUCGAGUCAAUGCGAACAUCAAGCCGCGGCAUGCUAUCGGCACUCCUACCAGGACAAAGUCGAUUCGACAGGAUCAAAGCACCUCGCCUUCUAUGCAGGACUAUUUCAAGUCCACAAAGAGGAGCCAAGUGAAAAAAGCCUCACAAGAGCCACAAGCGUCGCAAUCCAGUCCGUUGACGAGGCUGAACAGAGUCGGCCUCAGGAAGGAGGAAGACCUGUUCAGAUCGCACAGCGAAAAGCACUCACGACCUUCAACCUCAAGCUCCACAGACCUCGUCAUGCGGAUCGGGAAGAAAUCCUCGAAGCCACGAGUUAAGAACGCUUUGCCUGUCGUCCCGGUUGAACCCACGUCACCAUAUGCACAUCAACGGGAAGGAACAGCCUCGGACGCAGUGCUGGGCCAGCAGGCGAGAGACAAAGCGCCAACCCCGAAGAAGUCCAAUCUUGAAGACGCCCUCAGUAAUGUCACUCGGCGUACCCCUAGACGGCGAGCGAAGAAAGAUCAAGCUCGUUUUGACUUCCAAACAUCAAGUCCAACGACAGUCGGUCCGAGAGGGGGCAUUGACAGCUUCUUUGACCCAUAUCUGAAGCCCAGGAAGAAAGAGGAAGCACCCCCGGCCGGCGGUCGAUUUGUCGAUAUUCUCUGA